AUGUUCGGAGGAUUCGCGCCCCCCCAGCUUUCCGAGGAGGAGAUCAAGCAGAUGGAGGCCGAGGCCAACUUCUCCAUCCAGCAGGUCGUCGUCUCUGCCGUCCUUCUGUACCUCUCCCCUUUUGUCAUUGAUGCCGCCUCCAAGGUCCUGUAA